CGUCAGGCCAGUCCCGGCAUCCUCCGCGGCCGACCGCGGCGGAGCGCACAGAGAAGUCCUGCCCGUGAGCGGCCGCGGCGCAGUUCCGUUGCUGCUCAGCUCCGGCUCGGCCACGGUGCCGCCUCUAGCCGUCUUCCUACCGCUCGCCCGUCCACCCGAGCGCCCCCAGCCCUCCCGCGAGGGCGCCCCGGGACGGAAGGAACCACCAGCCUGUCGGCGCCCGCCGUUCUCGUGGUCGCCGUCGCCGUCGUGGUCGUGGUCGUGUCCGCCGUCGCCUGGGCCAUGGCCAAUUACAUCCACGUCCCGUCCGGCUCGCCCGAGGUGCCCAAGCUGAACGUCACGGUGCAGGAUCAGGAGGAGCAGCGCUGCCGCGAGGGGGCCCUGAGCCUCCUGCGACACCUGCGGCCGCACUGGGACCCCCAGGAGGUGACGCUGCAGCUCUUCACAGAUGGGAUCACAAAUAAACUUAUUGGCUGUUAUGUGGGUAAUACCAUGGAAGACGUAGUCCUGGUGAGAAUUUAUGGCAAUAAAACUGAGUUGCUAGUUGAUCGAGAUGAAGAAGUGAAGAGUUUUAGAGUGCUGCAGGCUCAUGGCUGUGCCCCGCAACUCUACUGUACCUUCAAUAAUGGACUGUGCUAUGAGUUCAUACAGGGAGAAGCGUUGGAUCCGAAGCAUGUCUGUAACCCAGCCAUUUUCAGGCUAAUAGCUCGUCACCUUGCUAAAAUCCAUGCUAUCCAUGCACACAAUGGCUGGAUCCCCAAAUCUAACCUAUGGUUAAAGAUGGGAAAAUACUUCUCUCUCAUUCCCACAGGAUUUGCAGAUGAAGACAUUAAUAAAAGGUUCCUAAGUGAUAUCCCAAGCUCUCAGAUUCUUCAGGAAGAGAUGACAUGGAUGAAGGAGAUUCUUUCCAACCUGGGCUCACCUGUUGUGCUUUGCCAUAAUGACCUAUUGUGUAAGAAUAUAAUCUACAAUGAGAAACAAGGUGAUGUACAGUUCAUUGAUUAUGAAUAUUCUGGAUACAACUACUUGGCAUAUGAUAUUGGAAAUCAUUUCAAUGAAUUUGCAGGUGUAAGUGAUGUGGACUAUAGUCUUUAUCCAGAUAGAGAGCUACAAAGCCAGUGGCUCCGUUCUUACCUUGAAGCCUACAAAGAAUAUAAGGGUUUUAGGACCGAAGUUACGGAGAGGGAGGUAGAAGUACUCUUUAUCCAAGUCAAUCAGUUUGCACUGGCUUCUCAUUUCUUUUGGGGAUUAUGGGCUUUGAUUCAAGCCAAAUACUCCACUAUUGAGUUUGAUUUCCUUGGGUAUGCAAUCGUUCGUUUUAACCAGUACUUUAAAAUGAAGCCUGAGGUUACUGCAUUAAAAGUGCCUGAGUAAAGAAGAUAAUUCAUUAAUUCCCCAGUAGCUGAGUGAUGGUUGUGAAUUUUUUCUUAAGAAAUUCCAAAAAGCCAAUAUUCAUUAAAAUUCUGUUACUUAAUUUGGUUAUUUUGCUUUACAAAUUAUGCCUCGAGAAAAUCAAUCUUACUUUUAAAUAGACUGAAUGAUGUCAAGAAUUAUACCUAUUGCUGUUAGAAUGUGGUGGAUUAGAGAUUUCUUAGAUCUGCAAAAGGUAUAAAGAUGUCAGUUUAAGCCUUUCUCUCAUAAUUUAUGUCAUGUGGGUUAUUUAUUAUAAAUUUAACAUGAUUCUGUGACUGCUUUCAUCAGCGUCCUCUUGUUAAGUGUAUACGUGUCAGAGUUUUAUGUGAAGAAGGUUGAUUUUAGAAAACGAUUCUGGUUGUUCAGUGUAACCUUUUUGUUUUGAUUCACCAUGGGUGAAAUGCAUCAUUUACUUUUGAAAUGCCAGUCACUGACGGGUAUAGAUAAUUCAGGAUGGUCACAUGGAACUGUGGGUUCGGGAGGAAGGAAUGCAUUCACUGUCUUUGUUAUUGAUACAUCUUUUUAAAUUGAACAUUGGAAAGCAUUUCUUUUGGGGGGGAAUACAAUGUAGAAUUAAAUUCUUGUCUAUGUAGUCCGGCAAUAUGAACAUUUACCACAUAAUCUUCAAAUAAGUAUAAAGGUUGUUACCAAAAUCUGUAUUGAAAAAUGUAUCCAAAAUGCUAAAUGUGGUCAUUUAAGUUACUAGUUUGUUGUACCUUAUCAAAUUGUUUCUAAUCAAAAAUUGUGUUUUACUUGAGAUGCGUUCUUUGUAUUAAAUAAUAGUUUAUAUUGCUGAUUUUUCAGACAAGUACUCAAAAUUUAUCAUACUUGAAAACAAGAAGAUAUUAUUUAGAUUAAGGUUUUAAAAAUCUAUUCAUUUUUUAUGUCCUAGUUUCAAGUUUUAGUUUGUUAUUUUGUCUUUCGUGUGAUAGUGAUGUCUUGAUGCAUGUAAUGUCAGAGUAAUACUUUGAGGCAGUUAAAAGAAUCGAAUAAGGAUUUAGGAUACAUUUAGGGUAGUGGUCUUAUACACUUAAAAUCUGAAAAAUAACAAAAUGUGAAUUAAGCAGUACUCAUGGUAGGAGGGCUUUUUUUGCUUUGAUUGAUUGUGUUUUUGUUUAUAUAUUUUGUUUUGUGUAGGGGUAAGAGGGGAGCAGUUGUAUGGGAGGAAGUUAGUGCUUUGGAAUAGUUAAGAAGGCUUCAAGCUUAGAAGACUGCUGUGUGAAGUUGAGCAGUCAUGGUUAACUUUACUUAGAAAAUUAGUCUGACAAGCUUUGCACUUUGGUCACGUAAGUGCUCAUGUACAAAGUUAGCUUAAUGGAUCUGCAUAUUUCAAGUAUGCGACUACAGAUUCAUCCUCUGAGAAACCUUCUGGGGAGUCUGAUGUAUUAUUCCAAAUGACUUAUGUUCUCAGACAAGUGCAUUAAAAUACUUGGAUUAUCUCAAGCUGUUUAAAGCUAAUAAAGUAAGUCUAAACACUUAAAGGGCAUUUUAAAUGGUAAAUUCUAGUUACAUAAGUAGGAUCCUACUAUGUUUGUAUCUGUAACAGUGUUAGACCAAGAUUUGGUUUCUACCUCCCCAAUGUUAUAAAUGUUCACUUCUGUUUUUAUAAACCAUAUUACUGUAAAAUUAAUAUAAUUUUGCCUAGCUGACUAAAUGAAUGGAACCAAUUAAAUAAAAGUUAAUAGCUUUUUAUAAUGUGAAAGUGAACUUCAGAAAUUGUUUCUGGUGGAAUUUUCAUCUAUGGUUAGAACAUUAUCGUGGAAUGAUAAAGAAUAUGUAAUGCUUUUGAUUUUUUUGCUUUCUGCCUUUUAAAAUGCAAGAGUGUAUAUCUCGUAGAACAAUGAGGGGAGGAGGAGAGAUCAUUUUAGUACCUUACUCAAUAUUCUUACUUCCACCUGUUUUGGCUAGAGAUUCACAGAGCCGCUGCGUGUAGACCGUGCGUAGCUGCUAGCUGUGACACUGCUGUAACUGUUGCAGAGAGAUUCAUUUAGAAGCGAAUGUAACCAGGAAUGAAGGCCGUCAGGUUAGCUCGCCCUGAAGCAUGCAGUGGAUCUUGGGAACAUACUAAGAAAUGUAAAAUAGUGCCCCCCAGUCUUUGACUGGAUUUGGGGUGUUGUGAUGCUCCUACUUCCUGUACAGGUUUAUGGGAUCAUGGUGCAGACCAGUAAUAGAGUUCAAAUUACUUCCCUUUAUAUUGACCAUUAAAAGAUUCUAAAGGAGGGUAAAUCUCAACAACACCCUGAAUUCAUCCUUCUGAAAUUCGACCUAUGGCUUGCUGAGAUAUCAGUUGCCUUUUUAUUAAAGCUGAGGAACUUGAAUGCCUUACCUAAUCACUCAACUGGUAGUAAGCUCAUUUUGUAAAUAGGAAAAUGAUUGUUAGACGUGGCAUUCAUGUUUGUUCAGUGUUAGUCAGUAGACCAUAGUGGCCUGGAUGCUUUAACAAGCAAAAUUCCACAUCCUCUCCCUGUUUUCCCCAUGCAUACAUUUAUGAUUUUAUCUGACACAUAAGAUUUGAUUUUUUCUCUCCUAAUCCCGUGCUGCCACCAUUUUCUGGAAGUCAAAGUGACAUGGUAGUAAAUCAUUCGUUCACAUGAUCAUCUGAGAUCAAUAUGAGCACAAAACUCAUCAACUAGGUCUGCCUGGAUGUAUAUACGACAGUGUAAAUAAAAAUUUGUAAAUUAUUGUGAAUUGUAUCUUGCAUAUGAGAUUGUGUGUCGUUUUGGAUUCUCUUCUCUUUUGUAGAAAUUUUUCUGUCAGGAAAUGAUCCAGCUUGUUGGUUUUAGACUGGAAAUAGCCAACAACAGUUCUGGCUGCACAGUGAGAUAACAGGAACUGGAAAUAGGGUUUAUCAGCUUUGGUCAGUGUCUGUACUUAUUUAUUUAGCCUCUCAGUGCCUGAUAAGACUUUUCUCCAUUUGUUAGUUGCCAUUAAUUUUUGUGAGGUUAGAUUCCUGGGAGCAGUGAACUUACAGGCUGUUACUAAUACCUGUCCAUUCUUGGGUCACAGUUCUAAGCUAAGACAAACUAUAUAUGAUGUAAUGAUUGCACGCUGAAGUAUUAUUGUUUCUCACUUUAGGGUUAUUAACAUUUUCUACAAAAAACUUUGAAGUUCAGUGUGAAUCUAAAUCCCAUAUCCAUAGAAGAGAUAUGACAAGCAGUAUCUCUUACUUCAAUUUAUGCCUGUCUCAGAUGACUUCACUAAAGUUGUGUGAUUGUAAAAGACAGAAAGGAUAUAGGUAAUCUUUUAGUGACAACUAUUUCUAUUUUUUGCUAAAAGUAUUGUAACUCUAUUAAUGUAUAUUAUUCUAGAUUUCAGGAGAGUACCCCCCAAACACUCUCAAUUAAAAGCUCUACCCUCCACAUUUAAAAGUAAUCAUAUAUUUCUUUUUUACACAGAAGCCUUCUGUACCAUUUUAUGAGUUUAAAUACAAUGAAAGUGUCUGAUUUUUUGCUUUAAGUUUUAAUGCAUGUUAUAUUGCAUUCAAAAGUAAUACAGAUAUAAACUUUUAAUAUUAUUCAGUUGAUGGACAAAGUUAACCAUGCUUUGUGACAGGAGAGUUUUGUUAUUGGCAGUAUCUUACACAACUUUAUAUAGAAGGCAAAUGCUAGUAAUUAUUGUGCACAAAGAAAAAAGAUUUACAAGUAUGUGGUUAAAGUAACUUUAUUUCAAAAUUGAUUUGAUCUGAUUUUUCUUUGGUUCAUUGUAUUUCAGAAUGUCCUUUUACUGAGAAACUUACUGAUAUGUAAGGCACUCUUUUAUUUUUGAUUCUUCGAAAGUGAUUUGUUAUAUUGAGUCACUUUCUUUUCCUCCAACAUAUGUCACUUGUGUGAUUAUAGUGUUAAGUCCUGGGUUUGAUGUCUUUAAACAGAAAAAAUUAUUUAAAUCAUUUCCCCCAUCUUUGGAAAUUGGACAGUAAAUGUUGCAAUAAUAGAAAAUACUUCAGGUUUGUAUUACUUUGUUAGAAAACUGAAAUUACUAAGAUACUGAUGAGUUAAACACUGAAAAUUUUACACUGAAAAUUUUUUCUUUCUGGAUUGCAAUGUGUUGUGGAAAGAAAAUCUGACCUAUUUGUGUGAGUAAAAGUAACACUAUGAAAGCUCUACAAACCCUUCUGCUAUCGCAAAGUUUUUAGUGUCCUUUCCUCCUGAAAUUUUCUUUCUUGUCUUUCCUAUGCUUUGUGUACUUAGUAUACUACUGACAUUAUAAAACAGCAGGGUUAAUAUAUCAUUAUAUCUGUAUUCACCAAGAAUCCUAUAGCUUUUCGCAUGAAAAAAUUGCUCUCUGAAAUACCCCUAUCUCAUUUCUUUUUCGUUAACAUUUUGCCCAGUAAGCGUGUUUGGGAUUAAUCACUUUAACAAAAUUUAAGAGGUUCAUAAAAAUUGUAAACAUUGUAUAAUUAUAUUUCAACUAGUCAGUAAAGAGCAAGAAAUAAGCUAGCUGAUUGGCAUUGUAGGCUGUUAGUUAAAUUUCAAAACUUUCAACAAGGAACUUUCCGAGAUAGUUUGAAACCCAGUUGUGUCCUUGUAAACUAGUUCCUGUGACUUGGAAAAGAGCCCCCAAAAGCAGUGGAGGAGACGAGAGUGUUUGCUUGCCAUAGUUUUAGUUGUGGUGUGUUGCUGCUAAAGUUUAGGUAGUGACAUACUUAAGUUUUUAUUGUUCAGUAAUCUGAGGUAGUUUUCUUUAUGUAUCUACUAAAGUAUAAAUGAAUGGGAUCUGCAAAGAAGAAAGUUUUCGGCUAUACUGUAUUUAGAUGCCUUUGUACAGCUAGGUCAAGUUUCCAUGAUACGAAGUAAUUGAAUUUUAAGAUAUACUGUCACUCUAAGGAAAAAGACAUGGUAUUACCCCAUGUGCAAGAAAAAAAAUGAGUCAUUGUCAUCACAUUAAACUGUCUGUUGAAUUGGGAAAUCGUGGCAUAAAGCUUAAAUUUGUGUACAUCAAAUGUGAACUAUAGUGGUAUAAUGCUGCUUUGUAUAUAUAAGUGCUACAAAUAGUCUCAGCACUGAACAUGUAUUGAUACCUCUCAAAUGAAUGCAACCUUUGAUGUGGGUGUUUCGAUAAGCAUCAGAAAGUAUCUGAGUGUCUGAGAAUUUGUUAAUCUGUUUGCUAAUGGAGAUACUUCCUGUUUUUCAUUGCAUAUUUUCAUGUUUAAGGUUUAAUUUUUACAUUUUUACUGCUGUUAAUUUAAGUAAAGUUAGUUCUGUGGGUAAAAAGGCAUUGCCUGUGAAGAAAAUUUAAAAACAGCCUCAUUCAUGUAACUGCUAAAGUAAAAGUACAUUUUUGUUAUAUGUUCAUGAACUUUUAAUGAAGCUGUUUGUUUUUCUGUUUAAACAUAAGUGAUGUUUAGACUUUAUUUCUGAUUAAUAAAGCUUUUUACCAUUGAUUAAAUGAAGGAAUGUAUCUUUUUGAAGAGAUUUAUAUUCUGUAAAUAAAACUUGGUUGUAACAAUAAAGUUGGGUUCUAACUACA